ACGGGGAGGGGAAAGAAGGCCGGGAAUUGAGAGGUUGGAGGGUCUCUCAGAGAGCCGAAAGCCCACCGCAGCAGCAACACAACCAUGCUGGUCCCUCGGCUGCCUCUCGGCUUGGUGGGGCUCUUGCUCCUCCAGCUGCCACUGCCUGCCCGGCCGGAUCCUGAAGCCAGUUGCGAUCCUGAAGGCUGCUACGCGCUCUACACCCAUCCGCGCAGCUUUUUAGAAGCCUGGCGGGCUUGCCGGGAGCUCGGAGGCAACCUGGCGACCUUGAAACGAGCCGAAGAGGCGGCUCAGGUUAGCCAGUUGCUAGCCGGGAGCCGCCAACCUGGUCCGCCCCGUCUGUUCUGGAUCGGGCUGCAGCGCCAACCUCGACAGUGUUUCCCGCAGAGGCCCUUGCGCGGUUUCAGCUGGGUGACUGGCGAGCAGGAGACGGCUUACAGCAACUGGGCCAGGGCCAGCGCAGCCGUCGGGGGAGCCGGUUGCGCGGCUCCUCGCUGCGUGGGUUUGGACGACCGGGAUUUCCAGUGGCUGGAAGGAUCCUGCAUGGGUCCCGUGGACGGCUACCUGUGCCGUUUUGCCUUCCGUGGGAUGUGCGCCGGCUUGGAAGAGGAAGGCGACGGGGCCAGCAUCAGCUACGCCGCGCCUUUCGGGCCGCUGGCAUCCUCUGCCGUCGGGGCUCCUCCGCGUUUCGUGCCCUUCGGGACCGUGGCCUCCGUGGGCUGCCCCGGUGGGCCUUCGCUGUCUCUGCUGUGCCUGCAAAAGGAGGACGGGCACGUGGGCUGGUCCAAGGGCCCUCCGCUGUGUCGGGAGCCGUCGGGGGGCUCGGCGUCGUCGGCGUCGUCGUCGGCUUCGGCGGGCAGCUGGUGCGAGGGCGACAAUGGCGGGUGCCAGCAGCUGUGCCUGGACGAGGGCUCCGGCUACGCCUGCGAGUGCCACGCGGGGUACCUCCUGCUCCCCGACGGCCACUCCUGUGCCGCCAACGACCCCUGUCGACGCCGGCCGUGCCAGUUCGACUGCGUGGUGGAGGAAGACAGCACCGACGGCUAUAGCUGCCGGUGCCCAGCCGGGUACGAGCUGGCAUCCGACGGGCACCAGUGCGAGGACUUAGACGAGUGCCUGGAUGCUCCGUGCGAGCAUCAGUGCGAGAACACCGAGGGUUCCUACCUUUGCCGUUGCCACUUGGGUUUCAGCCCUGCCGAAGACGAGCCCGGGCAGUGCGUGGAUACCGACGAGUGCCAGAUCCCCGGCGUGUGCCAACAGAUGUGCGUGAACUACGUGGGUGGCUUUGAGUGUUACUGCACCGAAGGGUUCGACCUGGAAGCCGACGGCAUCAGCUGCAGCCCCGUCGAUGGCUUGGAAGGCCCCGAUGCCACUCCGCCCGAGGUCUGGCCGGAUCCUUUCCCCGUGCGCUUCACCACCAGGGAAGCCGAGGAUCUCAGCAUCCCUCCGGUUCGCUUCUCGCUUUUCCGCGACGGGGAGGCCGGCUCCUCGUCGGAUUCCGCCGCUUCUUUCUUGUCGGUGCCCGACCGGUUGGUUUUUCCCCCUCCGGUGCCAGCCACGGAGGCUCCCGAGUUUGACAUCGCUUGGGACUCGCGCGUUUCUCCUUUGGAGCACGGUUUUUCCUCCUCGACGGGGCACCCCGAGGUCCUCCAUCCCAACCCCUCGGCUUCCGAUCCUCCUCCUCCUCUUCCGACGUCUGUUUUUGGGUCCCUGCCUCUGGAUGUCACGGGGACCCUUCUUCCCACCUCGGGGGACCCUCUGACGACCCCUCCGUUACCCUCUGGGGGUCCCACGGAGGAGAAGGUGGACCCCGUCGUUGGGGGAGUCAGGGCGCCCCUCCCCACUUCUGCCACCCCCAGCCCGGCUUCUGGGGAGGAAAGGCAGAGGAAGGAUGACCGUUGGCUCUUAGUGGCAUUACUGGUGCCCAUUUCUAUCUUUCUGGUGAUCAUGUUGGCUCUGGGCAUCGUUUACUGUACCCGCUGCGGAGCUCAGGCCAAAAGCAGGAGCGUCACCCAGUGUUACCGGUGGGUGAUUAACACGUCGGAAAAAACGGCCCCGCCAUCCUCCUCAUCCUCCUCCCGGCCUUGCCAACCGGCCACUUGCCGGACCAGUGUCUGAACUACGAGCCACAGCACCGGGGAAGUGAGGGGGGGGCACAUUGGAUGGCAUUGUGCCAGGCGGGCACAAGGACCAAAAUAUAAAAAUUCACCCGCGGGGGCAAAUGCCACAGAGGGUCUCCCCUCCCUUUUGCCACAUCUGGGAUGCCAGCCUGCCAGGAUGCAGCAGAGACCCAGCUUGGAGGGGUGCCCGACGCUGGUUUACAACCCCCCCUCCCCAAAUUCCCCUCCCAGGCUCAGGAUGAGCCCCAAACCGACUCAGACCUUGAUUGCUGGAGUAAAAAGACUUUUUUGGGGUGGGGCCCGCAGAAGCCCCUUCCCAUCGCAACUUGGAAGCGACCUGGAAAUCUGGGGGUGCCUUUAAUCCAAAGUGUGGGGAGCGGCUGUCCUGACAGCGGGGAAAACAAAAGAAGAAGAAGGGAAAAAAAAAAAAGAAGAAGUUGGAUUUGUGUGCCACCGCAGGGGGGGGGUCUUUCUUCCCCCUGAACGCCCCCCCUCUCCACCCCAGCGCUGGUUGUUCUGCCAAGCAGGGGAGUUUUAAGUUUCUAGUCCUCAUGACUUCGGAAGCAACCGGAUUCCCUCCCUUUCCCCCACUAGCUUCUUUUGCAUCUGGAGUCAACACACCACGGAUGGAUCCCACGCUGCUCAGGGUGAUUUCUCCCACUCCGAACUUGUUAAAAACUAUUUUUUUUGGAAAAAAAAAAUUCUCGUGGGAUACAAGCCCCUAAAUACACUUUGUUUGAUGUCUUC